AUGGCUGCGAGCGAGUCUGGAAUCGGUUUACCGGAGGCCAAUUUCUUGGCACUCGUGCUCGAAAGUCUUCUCUAUGGUUCCUUCUGUGUCCUCUUCGUAGCUGCGAUAUGGGCAAUCUUCACGAAACGUCAAGUAGUCAACUACAAACUGUUUUCGACCCUCAUGACGAUGUGGGUGCUCUCCACAGUGCACUUGAUACUGGAUGUCAUCCGUGCCAAGUCUGCUUUCGUCGAUGCCCGACAGCUCCCAGACGGGACUCCUGGAUCUUUGGUAUAUUAUCUCGACUUGUCUAACCCUCUUCAAGCAGCGAAGACGGCCAUAUACGUGACCCUCACGUUGGUCGGUGAUGGAUUCAUGAUAUACCGCUGUUACGUUGUCUGGGGUCGAUGGUACAUGGGCUUGGUACCUGCCAUGAUGCUCUGUGGGACGGGAUUAUCCGGAUAUGGGGCAACGUACGAGUUCUCUAAAGCCGCACCUGGCGCCCAAGUGUUCCUCCCGGAUAUCGUCCCGUGGGUUACGAGUUUCAUCGCGCUAACGUUCUCAACGAAUGUCAUUUGUACGGCGUUGAUCGUGACCAGGAUAAUCUCCGUGCAGAGAGCAAUCGCCGGUCUAUCCAAGGUGCACUUAUCUCGAGUGAACGUCUCGCUCAAGGCGAUCAUUAUCGUGACGGAGUCCGCUGCGCUGUACUCUGCCUCCGUCCUAUCGUUGUUGAUCUCGUACACCCUGGGUUCGAAUGGACAGUACACUGUCCUUGAUCUCACCUCCCCGCUCAUCGGGAUAGUCUUCACCCUCAUCAUCCUCCGAGUGACCCUGGUGUCCGAAUCAGAACAGAUCUAUUCAUCCAUACAGAAGAGUACCCGCCCUAGCAACUCCAGAGUGCCGAUGGCUGGAACAGGGUCAGAGCAUUAUGGUUUGCAACCAAGGACAACUGCGGUCUCUGUCAAUGUCUCGCAGUUCACGGAGAGGGAUAGCCUCGACAACAAAAUGGCGAGCAAUAACAUGGUUUGA